UCUCCCACCUUUCGCCCUCUCUCUCCCCCCUCUUUCUGUCUCAGGACCAGGUGAAACGAGAGGGAGGAGGUGGUAGUGUGACUCUUUCAUCCAUUAAAAUCCACCUGCUCUUCAUCUCUCUAGUAUUAGAGAGAUUGUCCCGAGCAGGUUUACCACCACAGCCGACAUGGAGCGUCCAGAGAGAAGACUGCCGCUCGCUUUCCUCCUCCUCCUGCCUCUUGUGUCUGUCAGCUGCGUCGCCAAUCCAAAAACCACAGUCUGCUGGUGUGUAGUGUCCGACGCCGAGGAGCAGAAGUGUCUGGAUCUGGCCGGGAACGCCACGGCUCUGAAUAUUAGAGGAUCUUUGCAAUGUGUCCGUGGCCUGAACAGCAGAGACUGCAUGGACAAGAUCAAGAACGGGACAGCAGAUGCAGCCUCCAUGACUGCAGAUGACAUCUAUGCUGCUGGUCUCUGCCACGGCCUGGAGCUUUCAGCAGGGGAGUCUCACAACGGAGCGGAUAGUAUUAGCUACUACGUGGUGGCGAUGGCCCGCCGGUCCUCCUCAGAUCUGUCCCUGCUGGAGAUGCACGAACGCAGCUCCUGUCACCCCGGGAUACGCACCACGGUGGGGUGGACAGUUCCCAUCGGCUACCUGGUCAACACUUCCCAGAUCAGCGUCGGGGAGCAGUGCAACUUCCCCAAAGCCGUCGGCAACUUCUUUGGCUACAGCUGUGUGCCGGGCGCUAAGGACCCCAAACACGACCCCCGAGGCAACAACCCCAAGAACCUGUGCGAGGCCUGCAUAGGAGACGAGAACGACCGACACAUCUGCGCCAACAACCACAGAGAGCGGCACUACGGCGAGGCGGGGGCGCUGAGGUGUGUCGCGGAGAACCUCGGCGACGUGGCCUUCAUCAAACACACGACCAUCUUUGAGAAUAUGGAUGGUAAGAACCAGGAGUCCUGGGCCCUGGAUCUGGAGCUGGAGGACCUGAAGCUGCUGUGCCCGGACGGAACCGAGGCCGGUCUGGACGAGUACGAGCGGUGCCACCUGGCAGCCGUCCCCACCAACGCCGUGGUGGUGCGCACGGAGGACAAGUGUCGCGUCUGGAAGUACCUGGAACGUUUACAGAAUGUGUUUGGCAACGCCACCGAGGGCUUCCGCCUGUUCAGCUCAGCAGGCUACGGCGCAUCCGAUCUGCUCUUCAACGAUGCCACCCACCACCUGCAGAGGGUUCUGGGUAGCUACACCUCUUGGCUGGGCCCCACUUACACCGCCGUGCUGCAAGCCUUCGAGUGUGAGGGCUUCUGCUGAUGGAACAGGAGGAAGACAUCCAGCGCAUCAACUUCCCACCCCGUCCCUCUGUCUCCAUCCUCCCGUUCUGCCUCCCCUCCCCGCCAUCUGUGUCCCUCCGCCGCUCCGUCUUGCCAUCUCUCGUCCUCUCUCUCGCUUCGCUCUUCGUGUUACGUUUUCUCCCCUGCAUUUCCAACCCGCCCGUCCUCCAUCAUCGUGUCCUCGUCCUGCUGCAACCUAGCGCUUUCCCCUCUAGUGUGUUGCCUGGCUGGCGGGGUAGGACAUCGCUAAGAGGGGCUAAUCGGCUAAGGGGAGAAAACUUCAGAAUCUGUCCCUGGGAAAAAUGAGCUUAGUUUGAGAAAAGGACACAGAAGAAAAGGCUAGAAGUAUAAAACAAUAAACUAGAAAAGCAGUGCAGGUUAAUGAGUGUUGCAGUUGCAGUGUUUUUUUUUUUUGACUGAUUACACCUUUAAAGCAUUUGAAAAUGAGGAUUUUUGAUAAAGAUUUUAGCCAGUAACAUGAAACAUCUUCCCCUGCAAACAAGACAAGUCCGGUUAAAUGUUCCUACCCUGAAUGUUUGUUGGGAAACUGUGCCCCUCUAGUUGCAUUAGUCUAAGCUGCAGCGCCACCCCUCCCCUCCUCCCACAGGGUCCGUCUCUGGCACUGAACAACUGGGUGCUAUUAGCUUAGAAAGUCUCAGUUACUGUAUGUGUGUGUGAGUAUACACUUUUUUUCCCCACAGCCAUUAUUGCCCUAAUUGGAAGUCUGGCAUGUUAUACUGUUCUGUGUGUGAGAAAGAGAAAAGUGUGUAUGUGUGCAGUGUGUGGGUGAGUGUGUGUGUGUGUGUACGUUUACGUGCCUAUGUGUUAGUUUGUUGCUGCUUUCCCAUGGCUUUGUAUACCUAAUGACUUCGGAUCACUGCUUUCUCACGUCUGGUAUGGUGGACCGGACCGUGCCAGCUCUCGGUGUAUUGUUACACUAUACAGUUUAUGCUAGAGUAACUGGAUUAGGGCCUUGUGUUGCCUUCAGUGACCCCUGAGAGAGUCGUUUUUUUUUCUAAGAACCUUUGAUAAUUUUCUUUCGCAUCCCCCAAAACUCCCAACAUGUGCUGUCCUUUGUCCUGUCCUGCUUCGACACAUAAAGGAACACUUGUGUGUUUUUCUGCAACUUAUCAUUUAUUCUUUAAAACUGUUCAAAAACACUGACAAUGAUAGAAGGUAUGUGUGACUAAUAGGGGGGAUGUUCGAGGACGGUGUCAGUAAGCGAUUGUCAUAAAGACGAGUGUUAAUGAUUUGAUAUGCUUUGAAGAAACGGUGAUUGUCUAAAUAAGAUAAGAGAUCAUUUAUUUUUCUGACAUGCUGAAAGGUUAAGUUUGCCUACAAAUGAAAAAUUCUGUCAUUUUCUUCUCACCUGCAUGUCGAUUUAAAGGUGAUGUUUCCCAGUUCACCAAACAUUUCUGGAGCAUCGCAGCUAAAACAGCGUUGCAGCAGUUUACUGACUGAACUACACGGUAACGCUCUUAGCUCAGCGGCUACAGCAACGUUUUUGACUUUGAAAAUUGUGAUUCCCUUUCGGACGAUAUGACCGUCACUGCUCACAUACUUCCAUGCGUCCGUCACGUUGGCGUAGCUGUCAAGGGAUGCGACCACUAGAGGGCACCGCUCAGUCUCGCUCAAACAUCCACCUUUCCUUCACCGCUGUCCAGUUUUCUCCCAGCUGUUCUGUAGCGACCGUCUCAUACAGAUGUUUAAAACUCUCCUCAAAAAGUUUCACCAUUUUAAAACUUUUCUUCUGUCCUGACUCACUUGAAUUAUUGGCUACUCUGCUACACUGGGAACCUACAGGAAGUACUGCUCCAUUGGUCCGUAUCUGUAAGAACUUUUAGAUAACCUGCAGAAAUACAGAGGAAAUACAGACAGAAGGCUUCGUCUGAAUCUAACAUUAGGCAAAAACAAGCCUUUAGUUGUUUAGGAGGAUGCUGCAGUGCUGUUUUGCUCUGAAGCUCCAGACAUGUUUCCUGGAUAACGACUGAAUUUUCAAUUUUUGGGGUGAACUUCUCCUUUAAGGGAGCUGUAAUCAAAGAAUCACAAGCCUUACUUGACCCACAGAAUCAUGUGCUGUAAAAACUGUGAUCCUGGGCUGCCACUUGUCGCCUCCACCUCUUAUUAUUUCUCUCACACUCUGCACGGCAGAGCUCGGCAAAUAAACUGAUAAACCGGAUGAAGUUCUCCUCGUCUCAAACUGUUUUUGACCUCAUCGUACCGGAAGAGAUCCAAAGAGUCGGAACUAGUACAACAGAUACAAAUACACGAGUGUGUUAACAGUAAUUUGGCAGGUUUUAAGUUAAACACUGUGUUGUUUCUGCUUGCGAUUGUGCAGAAUUAAGGUUGAGUCACAAUCCUCAACAGGCAAAAGACUCACAUCUAUUGUUCUAAUUCAACUCUUGUGUUUGAACCGUUGGUGCUGUGUGUUUUCUACUGUUGUCCGACAGUCUUCAAAAGAGGCUUCAUGUAAAUACUCCUCCUGAAUGUGUAGCGCUGCAAACCCUCCUCUUAUUUUUUUUUUCUCCCUCAACCAAUUAAAUGAAUGAUGAUAAAGAAAAUAAUCCUCCCUCGUCCCUUCUUCUCGCCGACUUCUAAUUAUCCUGAAACAGUUUUAUGAUAUCUGCGUGGAAAU